AUGCGAGAGAAUCGAGUUUGGCAACAAAAAGGUGCGCGUAAUUACUUCAAAUAUAAGGACGACGAUGACAAGUACGGGAACAACAACGAGGACGCGGAGGAGGAGGAGGAGGAGGAGGAGGAGGAGGAGGAGGAGGAGGAGGAGGAGGAGGAGGAGGAGGAGGAGGAGGAGGAGGAGGAGGAGGAGGAGGAGAGGAGGAGGAGGAGGGGAGUGAGGAUGCGGAGGAGGAGGAGCAGGAGCAGGAGCGGGACAUCACCAUCGAGCAGCAACAGAACAGGGGUGACAACGACCAGGAGGGCGACGACAACGAGGCGGAGGAGGACAAGGAGGAGGAGGAGGGAGGAGGAGGAGGAGGAGGAGGAGGAGGAGGAGGAGGAGGAGGAGGAGGAGGAGGAGGAGGAGGAGGAGGAGGAAGACGACGAGGACCAGGACGAAGAGCAGGAGCAGGAGCAGGGGCAGGAGGAGGAGGAGGAGGAGGAGGAGGAGGAGGAGGAGGAGGAGGAGGAGGAGGAGGAGGAGGAGGAGGAGGAGGAGGAGGACAAGGAGCAGGAGGAGGAGGAGGAGGAGGAGGAGGAGGAGGAGGAGGAGGAGGAGGAGGAGGAGGAGGAGGAGGAGGAGGACAAGGAGGAGGACGAGGAGGAGGAGGAGGGCGACGAGAAAGAAGACGACAACGAUGAGGUGGAGGAAGACGAGGAGGAGGAGGAGAACGAGGAGGAGGAGGAAGACGAGGAGGAGGAGGAGGAGGAGGAGGAGGAGGAGGAGGAGGAGGAGGAGGAGGAACGAGAAGGAGGAGGAGGAAGAGGAGGAGGAGGAGGAGGAGGAGGAGGAGGAGGAGGAGGAGGAGGAGGAGGAGGAGGAGGAGGAGGAGGAGGAGGAGGAGGAAACACCAGUAUGAGCACAAACAGCAAACAGAGGAAGAGGGCAGGGAGGAGGAAGACGACGACGAGGAGGACCAGGACGAGGAGCUGGAGCAGGAGCUGGAGCAGGAGCAGGAGCAGGAGGAGAAGGAGGAAGAGGAGGAGGAAGAGGAGGAGGAGGAGGAGGAGGAGGAGGAGGAGGAGGAGGAGGAGGAGGAGGAGGAGGAGGAGGAGGAGGAGGAGGAGGAAAAGGAGGAGGAGGAGGAGGAGGAGGAAGAGGAGGAGGAGGACGAGGAUGAGGAGGAAGACGAGGAGGAGGAGGAGGAGGAGGAGUAGGAGUAGGAGGAGAAGGAGGAGGAGGAGGAGGAGGAGGAGGAGGAGGAGGAGGAGGAGGAGGAGGAGGAGGAGGAGGAGGAGGAGGAGGAGGAGGAGGAGGAGGGCGACGAGAAAGAAGUCGACGACGAUGAGGUGGAGGAAGACGAGGAGGAGAAGGAGAACGAGGAGUAGGAGGAGGAAGACGAGAAGGAGGAGGAGGAAGAGGAGGAGGAGGAGGAGGAGGAGGAGGAGGAGGAGGAGGAGGAGGAGGAGGAGGAGGAGGAGGAGGAGGAGGAGGAGGAAACACCACAUCGAUAAGAAGCAACCGGACCAGCACAAGCAGCGAAUGGUAGUAGUGAGCAUCUGCCUCGCCAUCGAGCAGCAACAGAACAGGUGUGACAAGGACGGGGAAGGCGACGACGACGAGGAGGAAGAGGGCAGGGAGGAGGAAGACGACGACGAGGAGGACCAGGACGAGGAGCUGGAGCAGGAGCAGGAGCAGGAGGAGAAGGAGGAGGAGGAGGAGGAGGAGGAGGAGGAGGAGGAGGAGGAGGAGGAGGAGGAGGAGGAGGAGGAGGAGGAGGAGGAGGACGACGACGACGACGACGACCAUGACGACAACGACGAGGAGGAGAAGGACGAGGAGGACGAGGAGGAUGAGGAGGAGGAGGAGGAGGAGGAGGAGGAGGAGGAGGAGGAGGAGGAGGAAACACCAGCAUGA